AUGGAAUCCAUAGGUUGGCUCGAGUGGGAAUCAGCGUCCCGGUGUACUCAAAUACAACACGCAUUAAACGGCAAGGGCGAAAAGAAGAUUGGAAGAUACCACGCCGACGGAUUCAGCGAAUCGACGGCCACAGUGUUUGAGUACAACUACUGUAAAUAUCACGGAUGUGAGACGUGCUUCCCCAACGACAGAACAAAAUAUAAGAUACCACCGUCGAAUCAGUCCGUCUCGGAACUCAAGUCAAUUUACGAUAACAAAGUCAGGUACCUACAGAACUGCGGUUGCCAAGUAGUCGUGAAAUGGAACUGUCUGUUUCAGAAAGACAAAGAGCAAAAUCCUAGACUCAAAGAAUUCCUAGAUAGUUUGGACCUUACGACGAGACUCGACCCCAGGGAUUCCUUUUUUGGCGGCAGGACUGAUGCAUUAAAGUUGCAUCACGUUGUACACGACGACGAAGAGAUCCUUUACGUCGAUUUCACAAGUCUCUAUCCUUACGUGGACAAAUACUGCGAAUACCCUACGGGACACCCUCAGAUAAUUACGGCAGAUUUUCACCCCCUUGACAACUACUUCGGCGAAGACGAAGAGCGUGCCAUUUUGGGGACGUGGUGCACUCCGGAGCUUAAGAAAGCCGUGAAAAUGGGUUACGUAGUGCUGAAGAUAUACGAAGUGUACCACUUCCAGGACAGUAGCAAGCAACUCUUUAAAGAGUACAUAGAUACGUUCCUGAAAUGCAAGCAGGAGAAUAGCGACUGGCCGCACUGGUGUGACAGCGAUGGAAAAAAGAGAGACUACGUGGAAGCGUACUAUCGAAACGAGGGUAUACGGUUGGACCCCAGUAGAAUCACCCACAACCCAGGCCUAAGGUGCGUUUCCAAACAUCAACUGAACAACUUUUGGGGAGGUGUGUGUACACUAACUGUAGGUAUUUCACAGGAAGCGAACUGGCAGAUUUCUGCCGCUUGA